AUGGGAUUACUCUUGCGAUCAUUCAUCGAGGAACCCCGAUUCUGUACCCACGUUAGAGGUCUUUGUCUCGGGUUUGCUCUGAAUCGUGAGAGAGAGGCCUACGAUGGCGUUCACACCAUCUACGAGAAGAUCGACCUCAACAAGAUACCCACAUCCCUCCUCGGCGCUCUCGAGCACUGCGGUGUUAAGGAGCAGCAGACCGGCACACUCACUGACGAUGACGUUGAGGAAUCUUUCGAGAUUUUCGCUGGCCUCAUGUUGUCUUUGACUACCCGGCUUGAGCAUCUGACGAUAGGGUUCGAUGACCGCGAUCGCACUCAUCCUGUCGACGAGAGACGUGCGGACCUCUAUUCUCCUCCCCGAAUCAAUCGCGAAAGCCCCAGUGGUAUCGAUCGCUUCAUCUCAGCUUUCCAUUCUACUUACGGUGGCAACGACGCUGGCAGUCCCGACCGAAACGAGAACUUCAAGCACAAAGUCCUCACUCACUUGCAACGGUUGGAGAUCCACGGAAAUGUCUACCGUUUCUUUGAAUGGCCGCCUAUCCUCACCAGGUUUUCCAGUCAGUGGGCAUCACUCAGCGAAACUGGCCGGGCUGCGCCUCUGGCUCUCCAGGAACUCUCUCUCUACCAGGAGACCAAGACUGGCUCCGCUUUAUGCUCCCUGUUAGAGCGUUGUCCUGACCUCAAGAAGCUCGAGAUAGUGAUGGAUUGCCCAAACCCCCAUGACGAGCAUGGAAUCACCUAUGGAACGGAAACAGCUCGCAUUUCGACAGCCAUCACAACGGCAUGUCCAAAACUCAGCACUCUCACCUUGCGGACAAAGGGCAAUUGUUUGCUCUUCUUCGAAGACGAACCAGAACGUUCCUGGCUUUCCAAGAUGCACAACUUGGUCAAUUUGCAAGCAGACGUCCCUUGCCUGUUCAAGAGUCUGGAAGACAUGGCUUUGGCAGACGUUUCCGGUCGCCUCCCUCCGAAUAUUGAGAAUCUGACGAUUUACGACAUGUGGUACGGAGACCCGAGAUUUCUAUAUCGCAUGCUUUAUGAAGUACGGGCACCGGACGACUAUGUCCUCCACCCCCGAGACAAUACUGAUGCCGUUGCCGAGCCAUUUGCCGAGAUGCUCCUUCGCCUACGAUCAUCCCUCCUGGCAGGCAGGCUUCCCAAUCUUCGCAAGGUGGCUGUCAAAUCCCCAAUCUUCGGAUUUGAUUCUGGCAAUGCGUUAAGUGACUUGACGAAAGCCUUUGAGGCAGCUGAAGUAGAAUUCAAGGGUCAUCCCAUAUGA